UGCCCAUCGCUGAUCUCCGGGGAGCAACACCUCCUCUCAAGCAGCAAGGAGGAACCAAAGUGCCACCCUGUGUUGCACAGGGGAAGAUCUUUCCGGCCGGACUCUACAGGAAGUCUGCUGGGCACCGCCAUCUUUAAAACUCCACAGCUGCCAUCGCUUCUCACCGGGACUGUCCUGCUGCCAGAAACAGCAAGUUCUAUUAUGUCAUUCCUCCACUGUUUUCUAAUCUUGGCUCUUGCAAGUCCAAUCCUAUCGGAUCCCUGUCCUCAAGUCUGCAUUUGUGACAACAUCAGAACUUUUGUGACCUGCGCUAACAAGAACCUGACAGAGAUACCAGACACCAUCCCACAGUACACCCAGAAACUGAUCCUCCAAAAAAAUGAAUUUAAGGUAAUCCCCACAGGAGCAUUCAUCCCAACUCCAUACCUAACGCAUCUCAGUCUACAAAACUGCAGCAUUGAAGCAAUACAGGAAGGGGCAUUCAGAAACCUUGCUCGUCUACGGUACCUCAAUCUUGGCUCCAAUCGUAUCAGUAUAAUACAGCAGGAGUCCUUCGAUGGACUUUCAUCCCUUGAGCAGCUCAUUCUUGAGAAAAAUCGCAUUGAGGAGAUAAAGACUGGAGCAUUUAGUCAAUUAGGACUUCUCAGUUUUCUGAAUCUUGAAGACAACUUCUUGGUCUACCUGCCGGAUAUGGUAUUUCAGGGACUGUUGCAGCUGAAAUGGAUGCGCCUAUCUAGAAAUAUGAUCAGCAUUGUGUCACUUGAAGCCUUUGCAGCGCUUUCGAAUCUGAAAAGACUAAGUCUAGACCAAAAUGAACUGCAGUAUCUACCAGGGGAAGCACUUUCAAGACUAUCUGCUGUUACUAGGCUGGAGCUUGGGUGGAACCCGAUGACCUUUAUUUUAGAGGAAGCUAUCCAGAUGCCAUCUCUGCAGCAGCUCCUCCUCAAUAACAUGGCAUUGCAGGAUGUGUCUUACAAGGCGUUCGAAAAAAGCAAACAACUUUCUUUUAUUGACAUGAGUAACAAUCAGAUCAGAUCAAUUCAACCUCUGUCUGGACUGGAACAACUAAAACGUCUGAACUUGACAGGAAACCAGAUCAUCUGUGACUGCUUUUUGAGACAAUUUAAAGAAUGGGCCGAUAGGUUGAGGUUAAAAGUUGAUUUGUUUUGCUUUGGCCCCAACCAUUUCCUAGGAGACCACUUGGACUCUCUUAGAGCUAGAGAUCUGAAAUGUGGAAAUUUCCCAGAGGAUGUUUAUAGGAUACCAGUGGUCACCGAAAAACCUGAUGUGGACAACGUAUGUCCAAAGGGUUGUGAGUGCAAAACCGAUGAUAAACAUGCUAUUUGUGAGAAUAAAUCUUUACAGAAGAUUCCCAAAGGAUUCCAUGCGGGCACCACCCUCAUUGACCUACGUAGGAAUUCUUUCCACUCUAUUCCCAAGGGGGCAUUCUCAGAUAUGAAAAAGGUAGCAUCGCUGCACCUCCAAAACUGUGAGAUCAAUGACAUACAGCCGGGAGCCUUCAUGGGGAUGACAAAUCUGGUUUAUCUCUACUUGUCACAUAAUAAGAUUUCCUCCUUAAGCCCUGAGGUUUUUCAGGGAGCAACAAAUAUCGGAUAUCUUUUUCUUGACAACAACAAGUUUAGUAGUAUUCCGAAGGAAACAUUUAGGCUUCUUCCAAACCUUUUUUCACUGCAUAUGCAGCAUAACUCUAUUAACUCAGUUUCUAGCAACAAUAUGGCCGGGGCACAAAAGCUUCACUGGCUAUAUCUCACCGGAAAUAAAAUCAAUUAUAUCGCUCCCACCGCCUUUCGGAAUAUGAAAGAUCUAGAAAAACUCCAUCUUGAUGAUAAUAUGCUGUCAGAGAUACCGUCACAAGCUCUUAAAGGAAUGCCGAAGUUAACAGAAUUAAAGCUAUCCAAGAAUCCCAUAAAAAAAAUUGGAAAUGGUGCAUUCUUGCCAGUAUCUCAGUCGAUGCAGCAUCUAUAUCUGAACGACAUGAGACUUCAACAGAUUUCCAAUGGGGCAUUUUUAGGCCUUGGUAAAAACAUUAAGAGUCUUUAUCUGGAAAACAACAAUCUGCAGAAUCUUCCUAACAUGAAAAACUUCAAUGGACUUGAAGUUAUAAACUUGUCUAAAAAUCCUUUUACCUGUGACUGCCAACUACUCCACCUCCACAGAUGGGUCAACAGCUUAAAUCUAAGGGUGGGGGCCACCUGUGCAGCUCCUAAAAACCAAAAGGGCCAUGAUGUCAGAAGUGCUAAAUUCAGUUCCUGUCCUGGAUGGGAGGAUAAUAAAAACAAGAAAAAACGAUACAUACCUGCCACCUCCCCCAGUAAGAAGAACAAACAGAGGAACUAGGAACGAUAAAGACAAAAAGAAUACCUUGUCUUAUUUAAGAACCUGCAGAAAAAUCGAUUUCUUCACAUUAUAUAAUCCACCUCUUCCAUUGCAGCCGAAUAAUGUUAUUUAUCUGCGUGGUUAUAAGACAUGCACUUACAAUAGCUGAGGGCCACUGUAUAGCGUCCCCCAUGUUACAGUACGGUGACCAUCAUAUCUCUAUGUUUCUGUGUCAUCAUGAAAAUCAUUAUAUGUUACAAUUUUGGACUGGACAGAAUAGUUACUUGGCCGGUUGUAUCUUUAAAGGGGUACUCCGGUGC